CCGGGAAAGCCAACGUGAUCUUUGUUGUUGUGGGUCCCGCAACCCAAGUGCUUGCUGGCGGUGUGGUUUAUGAGACGACGUCGUCCUCGUCAACUCUUAAGCGGAAUAUUCGCUGCUGGAGUGGAUAUUCUGCAACGCGUUGUUAUUGUUUACGCUUUUGACCCGAAUGGCCCGUUACAUGAUUCGGGUUGCCCCAUAGGCCCAAAUUUUCUCUUUUGGUCUAAACCCUACCGUUUUCUGGAGGGUUUUGGUGUCUGAGAUAAAGCGCAUAGAGGAUUUUGGGUGUGUUCCUCUUUGCUUUGGUGUGUCUGCUGCUACUGUAUGAGUGAUAAAGUUUGAUUGCAUUACGGAGCGGCGGAGUAAGGAAGAUGGGUGUGAAGGGUGUGCAUCAAGGCCAUGGUGCCAUUGUGCUUCCAAUAGAACAGAAGCUCAAUGAUGAGAUGGAUAUAAGGAAGGACAAGUAUCUUAGAGGUGGAGAAGCUAAUCUUGAGGCUUUGAAAGAUAAAAAGUUGAAGGGUCAACUAGCUGUUAGAGAAGAUUUACAUCUCAGAACUGCACAAGCUGCGGCUAAGGCUGAGAAGUACCUUCUGCCUAGUGAAGAAGGUUAUUUGGAGCCUGAAGGCUUAGAGAAGACAUGGAGGAUCAAACAGGACGCAAUAGCCCCUGCAGUAGAUGUCUUAAGUGCAAGGAAUCAAUACGAUAUUGUUGUACCAGAUCUCGGUCCGUACAGGCUGGAUUUCACGCCAAGUGGUCGAUACAUGACGGUCGGUGGACAGAAGGGCCAUCUAGCUAUUGUAGACAUGAAGCAAAUGAGCCUGAUCAAAGAAUUUCAGGUUAGGGAGACAGUUCGCGAUGUGGUAUUCUUGCAUGAUGAGACGAUGUUUGCUGCAGCCCAGAAAAAGUACCCAUAUAUUUAUAAUCGGGAUGGAACUGAACUUCACUGCUUAAAGGAACAUGGUGCAGCUCUAAGGCUUCGUUAUCUUGAACAACACAGACUAUUGGCAUCAAUAAAUGAAUAUGGCCAGCUUCAUUAUCAGGAUGUAACAGAUGGUAGGAUGAUUGGUAGUUACAGGACAGGCUUUGGCCGUACUGAUGUGAUGCAGGUGAACCGCCACAAUGCACUUCUUUCAUUGGGUCAUUCAGGUGGUAAAGUUACCAUGUGGAGUCCUACAAGCUCUUCUGCUGUUAUUGAGAUGCUGUGCCACAGGGGACCCAUCUCAGCAAUAGCUUUCCACCCUACCAAUCGCGAUCUAAUGGCCACAUCUGGGAAAGAGAAAAAAGUUAAGCUCUGGGACAUGAGGAAUCUUCAGGGGCCACUCCAGACGUUAUCAGGUCAGGCAGAGACUCUGGAUUUCAGUCAAAAGGGUCUGCUCGCUCGUGGAACUGGAUCUUUUCUACAGGUCCUGAGAGAUUCUUCUGGGAAUCAGAAGUACGAGAAAUAUAUGACUCAUCCAUUAGUUAAAGGUUACCAAAUAGAAAAGGUGUUGUUUCGACCGUAUGAAGAUGUUUUAUGCAUCGGGCACUCCAUGGGGUGGUCUAGUAUUCUGAUACCUGGUUCUGGGAACCCCAAUUUUGAUUCGUGGGUGGCAAAUCCAUUUGAAACACGUAAACAGAGAAGAGAGAGGGAAGUGCACUCUCUGCUUGAUAAGCUCCCACCUGAGACAAUUAUGUUUGAUCCCACAAAGAUUGGCACAGUGAAACCUCCAAGGAAAGAGAAACCAACAAAGGAGGAAAAAGUGGCUGAGCUGGAAGCUGCUGUUGAAGAUGCUAAGGACAUUGUCCCGAAGAAGAAAACAAAGGGGAGGAGUAAGCCAAGUAAGAUGAAGAAGAAGAAGCAGGAGCUAAUUGCCGGUGCCAAGAGGCCUUUCUUGGAACAGAAAAUGAAAGAGGAUGAACAAGCGGCUAGAAAGAAGCAGAAAGCAUUGGAGCAAGUGGAACUACCAACAUCAUUGCAGCGGUUUGCUCGCAAGAAAGCAGCUACAUGAUCGUGCUAAUGCAGACUGUUUCUAGUGAAUUUUAGUCAUGGCUUUCUAGCAAUUGUAAUGCAUUUUAAUGUUAUUCAUUUGUGAUAUCUGUUGUUAUCUUGAGUUGGUUAUUUUUUACAAUUUUGCCUUAUGUAUCAGAAAAGGUUAUAUCC